GUGUGUUUAACACACAUGUAAUAGCCGAUCAAACGUUAUGUCAUCAAAGAAAAACAAAGCAAAGAAAAGAGUAAGCGAAGGAGAAGGAGAUAAGUCAUCUUUAACGGGCGAUGAAGCGGAUCUGUGUGCAGCGAGUGGCGGCUUCAUGGUCUCCGAGUUCAUAGAGAAAGGUAACGCUGAAGAUAAAAGCCCACAGCGAUGUCGUUCAUAUCUGGCACAGAUGAGUGUGAACACUAUGAAGAGUCUGAAUAUCUGCAUCGGACAACCGGUUCUGAUCACCAGCAGCACAGGGGGACAAGAGGUGUGUGUGGCAUGGCCAGUGUGCCAGUUUCCCACCAGGCGUGUUGGUCUGCAGUCCAGUGUUCAGUUAAAUCUGGGAAUCAAACCUGGAGCACAUGUUACACUUCAGCCCGUCAAUGGAGCUGUUCUGCAGGCAGAGCACAUCCGGCUGUCCCUCAGGCCAGAGGACAAAGUAAUAAAUACAGAAGAAUUCAGGAACUAUGUUCUUCAUAUGCUUGAUAGUCGAGUUGUGCUCCCAGGUAGCAGUUUGUCUUUGUCUUAUUUUGGGCGUAGUUGUAUAAUCAGGGUGGAUUCUGUGCAGGGUGUAGAUGGAGUGACUCUUUCUCCAGUAGCACCUGUCAGCGUUCAGACCCCUGUGCUAGAUAGAAACACUCUGGAUCUGUCAUCACAGCUAGAGCAACUCUCAAUCAACCAGAACAAGUUCGAACCAUCAGCCAGUACGCCCAACAGUAAACAGGACUCCUUACUUCAGACCCCUCGGUUCCCCACCACGCCCUGUAAACUCAGCGACCCAGGCAGCUUUCUAAAUUCACCUGAGCCCUCGUUCACAGACAGCCCUCUGCCGGCAGCGCCCGACAUCCCUCCAGAGUCUCCCUCUGCUGGUUGGUCCGGGUGUGACACCUUCUACUCCGUCUGCAGCUCCACGAAACUGAGCAUCUCUGACUCCUGCGGGCAGGAUGAAGGCUCAGAGGGGCAGGAGAGGUCAAAGGUCACUUACGGUAUGAUUGGCGGCCUGGGCGAUCAGCUUCAGGCCAUCAGAGAGACCAUCCAGCUGCCUCUUAAACACCCUGAACUUUUCAAAAGUUAUGGAAUCCCGCCCCCUAGAGGCGUGCUGCUGUUUGGCCCACCGGGCACAGGGAAGACUAUGAUUGGACGAGCAGUAGCCAAUGAAGUGGGAGCAUACAUGACUGUAAUCAAUGGCCCUGAAAUCAUGAGCAAGUUUUAUGGUGAAACAGAAGCCAGACUGAGGCAGAUAUUCACAGACGCAUCACAGAGGCAGCCGGCGAUCAUUUUUAUUGACGAGUUAGACGCUCUGUGUCCAAAGAGAGAAGGUGCUCAGAAUGAAGUGGAGAAACGUGUCGUCGCCACCUUGCUGACCCUCAUGGAUGGCAUCGGAUCAGAGGGUCACAGCGGACAGCUGUUGGUGUUGGGGGCAACGAAUCGUCCUCACGCGUUAGAUCCAGCCCUGAGGCGCCCCGGCCGCUUUGAUAAGGAGCUUGAGAUCGGUGUUCCCAGUGCGGGUGGCCGAAUGGAUAUCUUCCAAAAACAGCUGAGCUCAAUGCCCUGUGACAUCUCCACUGAAGAGAUGCAGGAACUAGCGGACGUGGCACAUGGAUACGUAGGAGCGGAUCUCGCUGCAGUCUGUAAAGAAGCUGGUCUACAUGCACUAAGGAGGGUUUUAGGAUCCACACCUGCUCUCUCUGAUGUCCAGGUGAUGAACAGAGUAAACGUCACGGCCUCUGACCUCAGGCUGGCCAUGACAGAGGUUAAACCCAGUGCAAUGAGAGAGGUCGCCAUUGACGUGCCAAAGGUUCGGUGGAGUGAUAUUGGUGGGAUGGAGGAAGUAAAACUGAAGCUGAAGCAGGCCGUUGAGUGGCCGCUGAAACAUCCAGAGGCCUUCAGCAGAUUGGGUAUAUCGCCCCCUAAAGGUGUUCUGCUGUAUGGACCACCCGGCUGCUCCAAAACCAUGAUCGCUAAAGCUUUAGCCAACGAGAGUCAGCUCAACUUCAUCUCUAUCAAGGGUCCAGAGUUACUCAGUAAAUAUGUCGGUGAAUCCGAGCGAUCCGUCAGAGAGGUUUUCCGAAAGGCCAGACAAGUUGCUCCAUCCAUCAUUUUCUUUGAUGAGAUCGAUGCGCUAGCUGUGUCGAGAGGAAGUUCCUCUCAAGCGGGUGGUGUUGGCAGUCGUGUGAUGGCUCAGCUCCUUACUGAGAUGGAUGGAAUCGAACAGCUUAAAGACGUCACGGUGCUCGCCGCAACCAACAGGCCUGAUAUGAUUGACAAGGCUCUGAUGCGACCGGGUCGUCUUGACCGCAUUGUAUAUGUUCCCCUUCCUGACGCGGCUACUCGAAGAGAAAUAUUUACGCUGCAGUUUCGAAACAUGCCAAUCCAUCCCAGCGUGCACCUGGAGGACCUGGUGAGCCGAACAGAGCGCUACUCGGGGGCAGAGAUAACAGCAGUAUGCAGAGAGGCGGCUCUCGGGGCAUUACAGGAGGACAUCAGAGCCGAACGUGUGACCAUCGAACAUUUCUACGCCGCCCUAGAUACAGUCAAACCCAGAAUCCCAGAGUCUCUCUUACGGUUGUACAUCAACUACCAGCAGGAACACAGCGGUACACGAGUGUAAAACAAACCGUAACAUCACUUACUAACAAUAUACAAUAAAAACACAUUCAUAGUGAA